GAUUGUCUCAUGGCAGUGGAUAACAGCAUGUCCUUCUUUUCUUUUUUUUAAUUAAAUAAAUAUUGAAGGGAGUAGAGAACCAAAGUUCCAAUUUUUUGGUUUGGGGAUAGAUAGAGUGAUACACAUCACAUUUUCUCAAAGUAAUUUAUUAAUUAAUAAAUAAAUGGCGGCGGCGGCGGCAGUGACGGUGCUACUCCCACCUAGGAUUCCGACCGCCACCAACGUUACCCGCUGCUCUGCUUUGCCUUCUCUGCCUCCUCGCGGCACCAACACUAAAACCACUUUGCUCUUAUCUUCCCUCAACCACUUCUCAGUGUCCCGAAAAUCUUCUCUGCUUCAGACCAGAGCUUCUUCAGAGGAAUCAUCCUCAGUAGAUGCCAAUGAGGUGUUCACAGAUUUGAAGGAAAAGUGGGAUGCUCUUGAAAACAAGUCCACAGUACUUUUUUAUGGUGGUGGGGCUUUAGUUGCUGUUUGGCUAUCGUCGAUUCUUGUGAGCGCCAUCAACUCUGUUCCCUUGCUUCCAAAGAUUAUGGAGUUGGUGGGGCUAGGGUACACUGGAUGGUUUGUCUACCGAUACCUUCUGUUUAAGUCUAGCAGGAAGGAGCUAGCUACAGACAUUGAGUCACUGAAGAAGAAAAUUACUGGAACUGAAUAGAGUGGUGUUAGCAGGUACCAAGUCAAGUUUAUCUUCUGUGAGCAUCAUUUGUUUUUGUUGUGCUGUUUAUCUCAUGUAUAAGAGUCAUAUGUAUCCCUUGAAGUAGAAUAGAAUUCCUCUCAACCUGUAAUGAACCCAUUUCAUUGUUAAAAAUAAUGUAGCAAAUUUUACGUAUAUGGCUCUGAAUGGAAACCAUUAUCCUUUCACUUCCUCA